AUGAAGCGAUCAACUUCUUCAUCAUCAAAGGAAUCUUCUUACGCAAACGAUGAUCCAAUCAUAUUCGGAGUUGGUGAGAGCACCAGUUAUCAAAUUUUAAAGGAAUCCAAUUCAACACAUUUGAUCAUCGAUCCAAGCAAGUAUUCAAAGUAUAAAGUUAUUAGUAUUAGUUGUGGUGGUGAUUUUUUGUUUUUAUUAUUACAAGAUAAAGUAACUUUGCAAAAUCGAUUAUUCUCUGCAGGUUAUAAUGGCACUGGAGAACAAGGAGUACCAACUAAUAGUGGUAGUAGUUGUGAAUUACGUGAUAUUACUGAUCCAAUAAUAGAACAUAUUAAAAGAAAGAACAUUAAAAUAUUACAAGCACAAUGUGGAUGGAAUCAUAGUAUGAUUCUCGUUGAAUAUGAUACUGAUGAUAAUAGUAUUGACAGUAAUAUUGAUAAUAUUUAUAAUAAUAGAGAAUUAGCUCUCCUUGGAUCUGGAUUUAAUAAUCAUGGACAAUUGGGUGUUGGUAAUGCAUCAUCUACAAAUACAUUUGUGAAAGCAAAUACAGAUCAUAUUCCUUUAAAUCAAAUUGAAAGAUUAAUUUCUAGAUUUAAUACUUGUGCUAUUAUUACCAAAGAUAGAAAUUUAUAUGCUGCAGGUAAUAAUUCAAGUGGUGAAUUAGGUAAACCAAAUGAAUUAUUAUACAAAUUUGAAUUAAUAUUUAACAAGGUAAUGGAUGCAGAUUUUUCAUAUUCUCAUUCAGUGAUAAUAGAUAUGGAAGGACAAGUAUGGACUGCAGGAAGAAAUGACAAUGGUAAAUUGGGUAGAUCAGAUUCUAAUUUAAUGGUAUUUACCAAAGUUGAUUUUCCUGAAAAGGCAAUUAAAGUAUCACUAGGCAUACAUCAUACAAUGGUAUUAACAGAGUUAGGAAAUGUAUAUGGUGCAGGAUAUAAUGAAAAUGGUGAAUUAGGUAUAAAUACCAAUCAAGCAUCGCCAGUAUUUAAAUUGGUUGAAUCCAAUAACUUGAAAUUUAAAGAUAUUUCAUGUGGAUUUUAUUUUACAAGCUUUUUAACUAGAAGUAAUCAAGUUAUGAUAUGUGGAUCUAAAUGGAAAAUUGUUGGAGACAAUAAGAAAAUUCCACAACCAUUACAUUGUGAUGAUAAUUUAUUUAAUCUGGUUAAUUCUAUUUAUGCAGGUGGCUACUUUUUAAUUGCUUUUAAAAAAGAUGAAAACGAAACCAAACAACUCAAAGAAAUGUUUAAAAAGUUAAAAUUAAUAAUUAAUAAUUCAACUUUAUCAGAUGUUCUAAUUAAAUAA